AUGGGUGUGAUCGAGAAAAUUAAGGCGAUUGAGGAGGAGAUGGCCCGUACGCAGAAGAAUAAGGCGACGGAGCACCAUCUCGGACUCUUGAAGGGUAAGCUGGCGCGCUAUAGGCAGCAACUGUUAGAGGAGAGCACUGCAUCCAGCGGAGGGGGCGGCACUGGCUUUGAGGUGGCCAAGUCGGGUGAUGCACGGGUGGUGCUGAUCGGAUACCCUUCUGUCGGGAAGUCGUCGCUGCUGGGCAAGGUGACCACGACGAAGUCAGAGGUUGCGCACUACGCCUUCACUACAUUGACCUCGGUGCCUGGUGUGCUAAAGUACCAGGGCGCAGAGAUCCAGAUGGUGGACCUGCCGGGUAUCAUCCACGGGGCGUCCAAGGGCAAGGGUCGUGGUCGCCAGGUGAUUGCCACGGCUCGGACGGCCGACCUGAUCGUGAUGGUGCUGGAUGCGACGAAGAGCAAUCACCAGCGCGAGUCUCUUGAGCGCGAGCUGGAGACAAUGGGUAUCCGGCUCAACAAGGAGAAACCGAACAUAUACUUCAAGAAGAAGGAGACGGGUGGGCUCAAGAUCACAUUUACGUCGCCGGAUCGCUCCAAUUUGACAGAGGAAGCAAUCAAGCUGAUUCUGCGCGACUACCGUAUCCACAACGCGGAUAUUUUAGUGCGGGACUCCUCUUGCACGAUCGAUGACUUCAUCGAUGUUUUGAACGAGCAGCAUCGCAAUUAUAUCAAAUGCCUGUAUGUGUACAACAAGAUUGAUGCUGUCUCGCUGGAAGAAGUGGAUCGCUUGGCUCGCGAGCCUAAUACCGUAGUCAUGUCUUGUGAAAUGGACCUGGGCCUUGAAGACGUUGUGGACGAGAUAUGGUACCAAUUGCAUUUGAACCGUGUCUUCACAAAGAAACGCGGGGUUAGGCCAGACUUUUCUGAUCCUCUUGUGGUGCGGAAUGGCUCUACAGUCGGAGACUUGUGUCAUCAGAUCCACAGGGACUUUAAAGAUAAGUUCAAGUAUGCUCUAGUCUGGGGAUCAUCUGCGAAGCACUCGCCCCAGAAAUGCGGUCUCAAUCAUAAGAUACAUGAUGAAGAUGUAAUCAGUCUCUUCACUAAGUAG